AUGAGUAAUCUAUUCAAGUUGGUUAUCUUUUCAGGAGUCGAAGCUCAAAAUACGAUCGAAAUCGAGUCGAAUGAAUAUCUCGGUCGUUUGGAUUUGAUCAGACUUCGAUCGGUUAAAAGUCGGAAUUCAGAUUCAGAUGCCCGUAUUACUUCUAAUGAAGAAUUAUGUAUAGAUCCAUCGUUUAUUCAGCUGUUAGCUCAAUCCAAUAUCAGAUAUAUAAACCAAUAUUCACCCUUGUCAUAUUGUGAAUUAGACAAAAUUAACAAUCCAUCGACAUAUUGUACCGGAAAACUAUCAACAAUAAAUGAAAGAUGUACUCGAUAUAUUGGAGAUAUUAUCUACUCGAAUCCAGAUAUUUGGGAUUACUCAGAUAUCAACAAUUAUACAAAAGUUCCGCAGAAUGAAAUUAAAAAAUUCCAACAAUUUGAGAUUAUCUUCGGUUCAUUUGUAAUCGAAGGGAGCACUUUAACCAAUAUAUCCAUGCCAAAUUUACGAGAAAUUUAUCAAGUUUCAGCAGUUUAUAUUGGAACUGCUUCAUUGGGAUUGGGUGUCGCAAUGAAGUUCAGAAGAAAUGAUUUUCUGAAAGAAGUUUCUUUUCCUAAUCUCAAAAUUUCACAUAAUUCAAUACUAUUAUAUCGAAAUGGAAACUUGACAACUGAUGCGGAUUUCUGUAAGAAAAUGACCGAUGGAAGAAAGAGAAUGACGCUGCUUGGAUUGGAUUCUGAAUAUGACUGUAGACCUUACCUAUGA